AUGCAGGCCCCGAACAAGGCAGCGAGACUGGAAGCGAUGGACGUGGAGAUUCUUCCCAUGGACCCAGAUGCACCGCCAGCCCAGAAAUUAACCGUCUUGGAUGACAAUGACAUGCAGCGCAUGGGAAAGAUCCAGGAACUCAAGCGAAAUAUGCGACCGGUGGCCGCCUUGAGUUUUGCCUCGGUUCUGCAGGCCACUUGGGAGUUUCUUUUGAUCUCGAACGAUCAGGGCUUGGAGAAUGGCGGCCUCCCGGGCAUGUUCUGGUCCUAUAUCUGGACCUUCAUUGGCUUCGGAUUCAUUAUCGUCUCCCUCUCGGAAAUGGCGUCUAUGGCGCCCACGUCGGGCGGACAAUAUCACUGGGUGUCCGAGUUUGCUUCCCCCCGACACCAGCAGUUCCUGAGCUAUAUCACCGGCUGGAUGUCGGUAUUGGCCUGGCAGGCUGGCGCGGCGUCGGGAUCUUUCUUGACAGGAACCAUCAUUCAGGGCCUGAUCAGUGUCCGGGAUCCGAGCUAUGAACCCCAAAACUGGCAGGGUACGCUGUUUGUGUUUGCGAUGGUUCUGGUGAUCUAUAUUGCCAACGUCUAUGCGUCGGAUUUGAUGCCCAUCCUGAAUAACCUUCUCAUGAUUCUCCACGUUCUGUCCUGGGCCGUCAUUUUGAUCGUCCUGUGGGCCAUGGCCCCUCAUCAAUCCGCCAAAGCCGUGUUUCUGUCGGGGUGGCAGAAUCUGGGAGGUUGGUCCACGAUGGGGUUGAGCGUGAUGAUCGGACAAAUAUCGGCUAUCUACGGCUCACUGAGCUCUGAUGCAUGUGCGCAUAUGUCCGAAGAGGUCAAAGACGCUGGCCGAAACGUUCCGAUUGCGAUUGCCUGGGGAUACUUCAGUAAUGGUAUCAUGGCCACGAUCUUACUCGUGACGUUGCUCUUCUCCAUCCCGUCCGUGGAGGAUGCGUUGAACGAUGACACCGGGUUCCCGUUUAUCUACGUCUUCAAAAACGCCACCUCUGUCGCCGGGGUGAAUGGCCUCACGUCCAUCAUCCUCCUACCGGUGAUUUUCAGCAACAUUCUCUUUAAUGCCUCGACCUCUCGCCAAACCUUUGCCUUUGCUCGCGACAAGGGCCUGCCAUUCUCUCGAUUUCUCAGCAAGGUGGAUCCGAAGCGCCAAAUCCCUGUGAAUGCCAUCGCCCUGUCCUGCGUGAUCAGUUGCGCCUUGUCUCUCAUCAAUAUCGGGUCGGAGACGGCAUUCAAUGCCAUCAUCUCGCUGAAUGUGGCGGCCUUGAUGUAUACCUACAUCAUUUCCAUCAGUUGCGUCAUCUAUCGGAAGAUCUGGGAUCCGAAUAGUCUCCCCGCUCGCCAGUGGGAUAUGGGACGCUGGGGAUUAGCGAUCAACAUCAUUGCGCUCGUGUAUUCCUGCUUUGCGCUGUUCUGGUCCCUCUGGCCGAGUGAGCGCAAUAUAACCGUGGACAACUUCAACUGGAGCGUGGUGAUCUUCGGUGGAGUUUUCGUGAUGAGCCUCUUCAUGUAUAUGGUGAAGGGACGCAAGGAGUAUGAGGGGCCGGCUGUUAUCGUGCGGCCGUCUCAUGGAUAG